AUGAUCGAAAUCCGAGGUUGUUCGUCAAUUAUAAUUACAGGAGGAUGUUGCGGAUUGAUGAGGAAGAGAACCAUCGUCGGGGGCUACGCCUUCACAUGGUGGUUCGUCACCGACGUUCAACGACUGUCCUUGGAGGUGAUGACACUGAAUCCAGUCUGCGGAAACGUGGAGACCGCCCAAGGCGUCCCGCUAACCGUCACAGGGGUGGCCCAAUGCAAAAUUUUGCACACUGCCAGCGCACAGUUUCUGGAGAAGAGCGUACACGAGAUCAAAUCGACGAUCCUCUCUACCCUGGAAGGUCAUCUUCGUGCAAUAUUAGGUACCCUUUCGGUGGAGGAGAUAUAUAAGGAUCGGGAUCAAUUCGCGACGCUUGUAAGGGAAGUCGCGGCUCCAGAUGUCGGACGCAUGGGCAUCGAAAUUCUGUCGUUCACGAUAAAGGAUGUCUACGACGACGUUCAAUACUUAGCGUCUCUUGGCAAAGCUCAGACGGCGGUCGUUAAACGGGACGCCGACGUUGGCGUCGCCGAGGCGAACCGCGACGCUGGUAUCCGAGAAGCAGAAUGCGAGAAAGCAGCGAUGGACAUAAAGUACAAUACUGACACGAAAGUCGAAGACAAUGCCAGACUUUUCCAGCUACAGAAAGCGAAUUUCGAUCAGGAAGUGAACACAGCGAAAGCCGAGGCUCAGCUGGCCUACGAACUUCAAGCGGCGAAGAUCAGGCAACGCAUACGAAACGAGGAGAUUCAGAUAAAAAUCGUCGAGAGGCGUAAACAGAUCGAGGUAGAGGAUCAGGAGGUCCGUCGAAUGGAGUACGAGCUUCAGAGCACCGUACGAUUACCGGCUGAGGCUGAACAUUACAAAAUUGGCAGAGUGGCAGAAGGAAAAAGAACGCAGACCGUAAAUGCGGCCACAGCCGAGGCUGAGAAGAUUCGAUUGAUCGGAGAAGCCGAAGCUCACGCUCUAGAGGCGAUAGGGGUAUCGGAAGCUGAACGUAUGCGGAUGAAGGCUGCCGUUUACAAGAAAUACGGUGAAGCGGCUAUUCUGAACAUCGCUCUAAACGCUCUGCCAAAGAUCGCAGCAGAGGUAGCAGCGCCAUUGGCCAGAACGGAGGAAAUCGUCCUUCUGGGAGGUAGCGACACGACCAGCGGAGAAAUUACACGCCUUGUGGGGCAAGUACCUCCAGCUGUUCAAGCACUGACCGGUGUAGAUCUUUCAAAAGUAUUAGGAAAAAUACCGGGUGCGAAGUAA